UUGAGUUUCCUGGAUCGGCGCAUACUCACGGCGACGGCCUUAAUGAACUGAUGUGUCGUCGUAAAUAUCUCCGUAAAAGCGUUCGCUAAUUUGGGUAAAGUCAUCGAUUUCAGCGAAAUCAGCUUAGAUUGAAUCUUCCGUCGAAUCAUCUGCGUUUGCGCCAUGAUCGAAAUUGUUUGUAGUCAAGAAAUCUGACUAGAAGAGAAAACAAUGUCUACACCGGAAGCUAUGCAGGAAACGCAGUUCCAAGUUGAAGAAUCAAAUGCUGCUGUGAUUAGAGAAGGGGAGGCUGCAAGGAAAGCUAUUGAAAAAUCACCUCCAUUCAUGAAAGACACUCCAGUAUUGGUUGAGGAUACUGAAAAAAUCAAUUCAUUGACAUCAGAGAUGGAGGCAAUCAAGGAACAUCAGGAACUACUAGUCAAGUGCAUCUCACAAAACCUUGGAUAUGCUGGGGGCAAGCCUGUUGCUGCAUGUGUCAUUUACAAAUGUCUACUUCACUGGAGAUCAUUUGAAGUCGAAAGAACUAGCGUCUUUAACCGUAUCAUUCAAACAAUAGCUUCAGCCAUUGAAGUCCCAGAUAAUAAUGAGGUUUUGGCGUACUGGUUAUCUAAUUCAGCCACACUAUUGUUGCUUCUGCAACGCACACUCAAAGCAACUGGAGCAGCUAGUUUAACACCACAGAGACGAAGAACAACAUCAUCAUCCCUAUUUGUUUUUCUAUUUCUUCUAACACAAAGAUUAAGGGGAUCUCCUCAAAGUGCUGGACUCUCUUCUCUGAAUAGACAAGAGCUCACCAAGCUUGACGGCUUGAGGCAAGUUGAAGCAAAGUAUCCCGCACUACUUUUCAAGCAGCAGCUUACUGCAUUCCUCGAGAAGAUAUAUGGAAUGAUCAGAGAUAAUCUUAAGAAAGAUAUCUCUCCUCUUCUUGCGUUAUGUAUACAGGCACCAAGGACGUCAAUGGCAAGUUUGGUGAAAGGGAGAGCACAAGAAAAUGCUGUUGUUCAACAAGCUCUGAUUGCCCAUUGGCAAAGUAUUAGGAAAAGCCUGAACACUUACUUGAAUCUAAUGAAAGCAAACAACGUUCCACCAUUCUUAGUCAGCAAAGUAUUCACACAGAUAUUCUCCUUCAUCAAUGUUCAGCUUCUCAACAGUCUUCUUCUACGUCGUGAGUGUUGCUCAUUCAGCAAUGGGAAGUACGUUGAAGCAGGUUUGGCUGAACUAAAACUGUGGUGUAUAGAGGCAACUGAUGAAUAUGCUGGCUCAGCUUGGGAUGAGUUGAGGCAUAUCAGGCAGGCAGUUGCUUUCCUGGUCAUUCCUCAAAAGCAGGAAAAGACUUUGGACAAAAUAACAAGAGAACUCUGUCCGGUGCUAAGUAUACAGCAGCUAUACAGGAUCAGCACAAUGUACUGGGAUGACAAAUAUGGCACUCAUAGUGUUUCUUCAGAUGUUAGUGCAAAGAUGAGGGUUAUUAUGACAGAGGACUCGAACAAUGCCGUAAGCAGCUCUUUCCUUUUGGACGAUGACUCGAGCAUUCCAUUCGCGGUGGAGGAUAUAUCAAUGUCAGUGCAACAAUUGGAUGUAAACAAUGUUGAGCCUCCUCAGUUGAUCCGUGAAAACGCAGGUUUCAGCUUCUUACUCACUCGUGAAGAAGGCAGUUCAUCAUAAUAUGGCAUUGGUGUGGUUUGAUGCUAUCCAGCCCUGAGGAGUGUAUCCAUCUCUUUCUUUCUUUCUUUUUAGUCAUUCAAAUAUUUUGCUGGUUUCUGUAUCGUUGCAAUGAAGGAACUAUAGUUUGUU